UAAAACCUUUCACUUGUUCAGCCUGUGGGAAAAGUUACGGUGACAGAAGCACUUUAACUAAGCACAUGAGAAUUCACACAGGUGAGAAGCCUUUCUCUUGUGGGACCUGUGGAAAGAGUUUCUCUAAGAAAGAUAAUUUAAAUGUUCACAUGAGAAUUCACACAGGUGAGAAGCCUUUCUCUUGUGGGAGCUGUGGAAAGAGUUUCUCUGAAAAAUGUAUUUUAAAUGUUCACAUGAGAAUUCACACAGGUGAGAAGCCUUUCUCUUGUGGAAGCUGUGGAAAGAGUUUCUCUGAAAAACGUCUUUUAAAUGUUCACAUGAGAAUUCACACAGGUGAGCCUUUCUCUUGUGGAAGCUGUGGAAAGAGUUUCUCUGAAAAACGUCUUUUAAAUGUUCACAUGAGAAUUCACACAGGUGAGAAGCCUUUCUCUUGUGGGACUUGUGGAAAGAGUUUCUCUCAAAAAGGUUGUUUAAAUGUUCACAUGAGAAUUCACACUGGUGAGAAGCCUUUCUCUUGUGGGACUUGUGGAAAGAGUUUCACCCAUAAAGCCGGGUUAAGUUAUCAUAUGAUAAUUCACACGGGCGAGAAGCCUUUCUCUUGUGGGACCUGUGGAAAGAAUUUCUCUAAGAAAUAUCAUUUAAAUGUUCACAUGAGAAUUCACACAGAUGAGAAGCCUUUCUCUUGUGGAAGCUGUGGAAAGAGUUUCUCUGAAAAACAACUUUUAAGUGUUCACAUGAGAAUUCACACAGGCGAGAAGCCUUUCACUUGUGGGACCUGUGGAGAGAGUUUCUCUCAAAAAGGUCAUUUAAAUGUUCACAUGAGAAUUCACACAGGAGAGAAGCCUUUCACUUGUGGGAGCUGUGGAAAGAGUUUCUCUCAAAAGGUUGGUUAAAUGUUCACAUGAGAAUUCA